CCCAUCUCUUUCUUCUCCUAGCUAGCUUUAGUUUCCCCGGCCCCCUUCUUCUUCCUCUCUAUCCCUAGUGGCACUAGCGCAGAGAGGCCCUUAUCUCCUCUCCGUCUCUUCCGCUUCGCCGUCAUGCAUUCCAUUCCAGUGGUCGCUCGCGGCAUGCAGCAGCCUGCUAGCGUAGAGAGCGAGAGCGAGAGCGAGAGGGCUCGCCGCUAGUGGAUGUUAUUCUCCGAUCCACCUUUACCAUCGAUGAUGCACCCCUCCCUCGCCCCCAUCCUUGCAUGAUCCGAUCCCCUAAAGCGCCUAUAUACCCUUAUCUUGCAAACUAAAGCAAGCAGGAGAGAGCUGGGCGACUGCGAGGAGGAACAAACAAACAAACCAACCAGAAAAGAAGCUCUCUCACACAAGUAGUAGCAAAAGAUCAAAAGAAAUCAAUUCUAUACCAUGGUCUUUUCUUCGGUUCCUGUCUACCUUGAUCCACCCAAUUGGAGCCAGCACCACCACCAGCCGCAGCAGCAGCAGCAGCAACAGCACGCUCAACAUGGCCAGCUUCCAAGUGGCGGCAACGGCGGCGGCGGCGGCGGCAUGGACACGCAUGCGCAUCAUCAUCAUCAUCAGCUGCCGCCGGUGCCACCUCCUCCUAGCGGGGCUCUCAUGGCUCCUCGCCCUGACAUGUCGGCUAUGGUCCCUGCUGCGAGCGGUGGUGGCGGGCCGACUAGCGGCGGCACCGCUAUCCGUCCGGGCUCCAUGACCGAGCGGGCCAAGCUCGCCAAGAUCCCGCAGCCGGAGCCGGGGCUCAAGUGCCCGCGCUGCGAGUCCACCAACACCAAGUUCUGCUACUUCAACAACUACUCGCUCUCCCAGCCGCGCCACUUCUGCAAGACGUGCCGCCGGUACUGGACGCGCGGCGGCGCGCUCCGGAACGUCCCCGUGGGCGGCGGGUGCCGCCGUAACAAGCGCACCAAGUCGUCCAAGUCCAACUCGUCAUCGGCCGCCGCCUCUGCUUCAGGCGGCGCGGGCGGGACGUCGUCGUCCACCUCGUCCACCGCUACCGGCGGCAGCAGCAGCGCGGGCGCCAUCAUGCCGUCUCAUCAGGGGCAGCUGCAGCCGUUCCUGGCCUCGUUGCACCACCCUCUUGCCGGCGGCGGCGGCGGCGGGGAUCACUACAGCACCGGCGCGUCAAGGUUAGGGUUCCCAGGACUGAGCUCGCUGGACCCCAUGGACUACCACCAGUUCGGCGCGGGCGCGGGCGCCGGCGCCAGCAGCGCUGCCAUCGGGCUAGAGCAGUGGCGUCUGCCGCAUAUACAGCAGUUCCCCUUCCUAAGCGGCCGCCCCGACCCCGUGCAACCAACAAUGUCUAGCAUUUACCCGUUCGACUUGGAAGGGCACGGCGGGGACGCUCCCGGCUUCCCCGGCGGGCACAUGCUAGGUGCCUCCAAGGUGCCCGGCUCAGCCGGACUAAUCACGCAGCUGGCAUCGGUUAAGAUGGAGGACAACCCAGCGUCUGCGGCGAUGGCGAGCAGCUCGCCGAGGGAGUUCCUUAGCCUCCCUGGGAACCUCCAAUUCUGGGGCGGCGGCGGCAACAACAACGGCGGUGCAAGUGGCAACAAUGGAGGAGGCGCUGGCAACGGCGGUGGUGGUGGCGGCGGUGGCGCUGUCGCUCCGGGCAGCAGCUGGGUGGACCUGUCAGGAUUCAACUCGUCUUCGUCUGGGAACGUCCUGUGACAUGCCCUCUGGUCUGCAUGCUAGCUGCAUUAAAAAGGUAGCCCUAUUAUUUAUGCAAAGCCUUGAAUCUUCAUUUUAGUCAUGGCUUCUGAGAAAGUUCAACAGAAAAAAGGAGUUGUGGUUGCAAGAUUAUAGGGGCUAUAUAUAUCUGAUAGCUAUCGUCUGCGGUGACGAUCGAGAUGGCGGAUAUGGUGAAUCGGUCUCUAGAAAUGGUAGGCAAACGAAAUUUAUUCAGUUCUUCAUGCGCUGUUCUUGUUUCUGCUGGGUGGGGUGGGGCGGGGCGGGCGUGCAUCUCUAUAUUGUUGUCCAUUAUAUUUCAGGUGUAUGAUAUGUAAACUUAUAACACAUGCAUGUUGCAUGGAUUUCCUUGCUGUCUUUGGCAUGCAACGUGUUCAUGUGCAUGGUGCAAGAGGCGAUAUAGUGUGUGUGUGUGUGUACACACACAUAUGGGAGUACUUGAUAAAAAAAAGAUCGAGGAACUACUGAACAAUCCAAUCAUUCACCUAUUAAUUUGAG